AAAUACAUAUCAACACCUCUGAUUCAAUGACAUCAUACGAUCAAGUAAGAGACAGAGAACUGAAAUUGUAGACUCUUGAUGACUUUAGAGGAUAUUCAUGAAACUAAUUCCCCUCAAACUUCAAACCAAGGCAACCAGCGUGUUCUUCAAGUAACUCCAAGAUUCCUUUAUGGGAAAAACAAACAUAAAUGGUCGUCUGUACCUAGAUCAGUUACUAUUCGUACUCUGAGAGGGAACAUCGUACAUUUUAUACCAGGUCCAAGAGGAGAAGCUAGGGAAUUACAGAAACCAAUAGAUUUACGGCGCGAUUUUGUCAUAAAAAUGGGAGACCAACUUAUGGACCCUUGGCUAAGGGAACGAUUACAAACGGUGACUUUGAGGCAUGAUAUCAAGGUUAUGUUAAAAGAUAUUCUUGGUGAGUCAUCAGAACCUGAAUACCCUGUUUAUUCUGUGACCAAUGUGCGUAAAAUAUGUUACUUAUGUCCAUCAAAGGCUCGUAGGAUGACAAAACAUCGAUCCAUUAAAUGCAAAAUGCCAUUUUUGGAUCGCACAAUAUUGACGUGUAUAGUAGCUGUGCAAAAUAAUUAUUUAUUGUUAAAUGUCUUUCACAUCAGUUAGCAACUUAAUCUUUUCUUUAGAUUUAAACAUCUAGCAGUUAAAUGCUUAAAAAAAU